CGGUUUGACUUUGUCCGGCGCAUGCCAACCUUCUGUGAGCUCACUGCCAUUGCGUCCUACAUCAUCCAUUGCGCACAGAGCUUUGGUGGAUUUCAUGCUCACGAGGACGGCUGGCAUCGAACUAUUGCUGUGGAUACGAUACUGUGAGUGGAGCGGGUGGUGCUGUCAUUCGUGCGGUGGGACAUCCAGGUGAACAACAUCUUCGAGUUGUCUCCACAAACAGCUCAAUUUCAAUCACGAUAACUGUUGUUUUUAUUCGGCGACCAACCACUCGUGCACUUAAAAGGCCUGUCUAUCAGACCCUUUCUAGUUGGGAAUUUACAUACCAUGGCCAAUAUGCAAUCCGCACCUGAUGACCUACAUACUAUGCCAGAAGUGACAACACAGCAAGCAGUUGAUGAGUUAUCCAAUGCAGGAAUGCAGACGCUCGUGCAGUCGCCGUCCCAACUUGACCACGGCAUUCAUAAUUCCAUGCUCCCUAUAAACCGCCUGUCCAAUGAACUCCUAGUCAUGAUCUUCAUCUGCACACUGGAUUCCAAGCCUAUAGACGAGUUGACGGACAAGUCGACAGAUGAGGCGACAGAUGAGUCGAUGGACGAGUCGACGGACGAGGCAACGAACCUUCUAGCAAUCUCCUACGUAUGUCACCGAUGGCGUACGUUGGCUAUAUCCACACCAUUGCUAUACUCGCGAAUCAACUUGCAAUCAUGGAACACACGUUCACGAAGAAAAUUGCUAAACAUAUUAUUGAAGCGGGC